ACUGAUCAUAGACUCCGCCGGCUGGAGAGGACGCCUUUCCCCCCUCGCCUCCCAAGAUGGCGCAGCAGGUGAACAUCACGGAGCUUUCGCUGCCGCAACUGGAGGUGCUGAAGAACCAGCUGGACCAGGAAGUGGAGUUCCUUUCUUCAUCCAUUGCACAACUUAAGGUGGUGCAGACAAAAUAUGUGGAAGCCAAGGACUGUCUGACAGUUUUGAAUAAAACCAAUGAAGGUAAAGAGCUACUGGUCCCACUUUCCAGCUCUAUGUACGUUCCUGGGAAGCUUUCUGAUGUUACCAAUGUCUUGAUAGAUGUAGGAACAGGUUACUAUGUAGAAAAGUCAGUGGACGACGCCAGAGAUUUCUUCAAGAGGAAGAUUGAUUUCCUGACGAAACAGAUGGAGAAAAUCCAGCCGGCACUCCAGGAGAAGCACGCAAUGAAGCAAGCUGUAAUAGAGAUGAUGAGCCAUAAGAUUCAGCAACUAGCAGCAGCGGGGACCUCACAGGCAGCCGCAACAAAGGCCUAGCAAACACUGGUCACACACAUGCCUUCGCAGUUCACCAUUUUGUGAUGUAAACCCGAUUUUGCUCCCCCAGGGUG